AGCCGAAUGGGAUGGACAACACAGUGGCUUAAAUCCUGGUUAAAUAAUGCAAUUCUUUUUUUUUUCUUUUUUUCUUUUUCAUCAACCAUGUCUAGUAUUUUGACCAAGAGUAUUGCUUCAGCACGUUUGAGUCCAUCAUGGGCACGUAUGCUCCCUAUGUCUAGUAAACGCUUUUACAAACUCAGUGUUGGAUCUGUCAAGAAAGGUCAGAUCGUGCAGUUCAAAGAUAAAGCUUGGCGAGUAUUGACAAGAGACCAUGUUUCCACUGGCCGAGGUGGUGCCGUUGUGAAGAUUGAUUUGCAGGAUAUUUUAUCAGGACAAAAGAUCAAUGAACGUUUCAAAUCAGGUGAUAGUGUGGAAAUCUUGAAUUUAACUGAAGAACCUUAUCAAUACUUGUAUUCAGAAGGCGAUAAAGUUCAUUUACUAAACUUGGAAACUUUUGAAGAGAUUGAAAUGGCUUCCUCCAAAUGUGAAGGUGGUGACCGUGCAGUUGGCAUGUUGGAAGACUCUAUGCCCCUUACUGUCAAUUUCUUGACAACACCAGAACAUGGUAGACAACCCUGUAUCUUUAAAUUACCUACCAAUUACACAUACACUGUUGGCUCUGUCGUGGAUCGUGCUGGACAAGCAGCCAAGGGCACGGUUUACAAAACGGCUGUAUUAACCAAUGGUUCUAAACUUCAAGUACCUGAAUUUGUAAAUGAAGGAGAUAAGAUUGUUGUAGAUAUCGAAACGAUGAAAUACAUCAAGCGUGAAUUAUAGAUUACGCCGUGACUUGGCAAUUCAAUUGGUUGGAUAAGCUACUGAGCUUUAUUUUAUUACAACUCCAAAUGAAAAAAAAAAAAAAAUUAGCCUGUUC